AUGGACGGCGUGCGACGAUUCUUCUAUGGGCCCACGCCCGAAGAGCAGAAACGAAAAUGUAAUGCUCUCCUGCGUUCCAACACGAGAAAACUCGACCGCGAUAUGGCCAACCUUCAGGCGCUGGAAUCUAAAACACGAAGCAUGAUCCAGCAGGCGGCAAAGCGAGCCCAAAGAAAUCCUUCACAAGCCAAGCAAGCGCAUCAGGAGACACGAAUAUUCGCUCGAGAAAUGAUACGGGUACGGAAACAGAAGUCGCGACUCGCAACAUCGAAAGCUACACUCCAAUCAGUGGGCUUCCAGGUCAAUGAAGCCUUCGCAAUGAAGAAGAUCGAAGGGUCCAUCAAGAACAGCACAGGCAUAAUGAAGGACGUAAACACCCUCGUCAAGCUUCCAGAGUUGACCGGAACUAUGAGGGAACUGAGCAUGGAGUUGACCAAGGCCGGUAUCAUCGAGGAAAUGGUUGAUGAUAUGGUGCCGCAAGGCGAAGGUCUCGAAGCUGAGGACGAGGAAGCCGAGGAAGAAGUGGAAAAGAUUUUGGGGGAAAUCUUGAAGGACAGGACGGCUGCUCCACAACUGCCUUCGGAGCCACUUGGACCUGUGGAAGCACAGCCGGAAGAAGAAUUGGACAACGAAGAAAUGCUGGCGCAGAUGAGGGGAAGAUUGGAAGCGCUAAAGAGCUAG